AUGGUGGUUGUGCUUCUUUAUGUGGAUGACAUAAUCUUGACGGACAUUAACUAUGAUGAGAUCAACUACGCAAAGAAGUUGGUAGAAAAAAUUGGUAUGGCUGAUAGAAAAAAGAACUAUACUCCUAUCGACGUAAAUCCAAGACUUAGUCGAGACGAAGGAACAUGUAUACCAGAUCCUCGUCCUUAUCGUGCUCUUGUGGGAAGUCUGAUUUAUUUGACUAUAACAAGGCCUGACAUUGCUUAUACAGUUGGAGUGGUGAGUCGAUACAUGCAGGAGCCAAAGAAACCACACCUCGAAGAAGCGAAGAAAUUUCUGAAGUAUAUUAAUACCUCACUAGAUAUUGGUCUACUCUACGAAAAAGAUGCAAAAUUCGUCUUGCAAGGAUAUGCAGAUGCUGACUUUGCUGGAGAUCGAGACGAUCGAAGGUCCACAUCUGGGUUUAUUUUUCUUUGUGGAAACACUAGCAUAUCUUGGAGUAGCAGAAAACAAGGAUCGGUAUCCUUAUCUACAACAGAAGCAGAAUACAAAGCAUCAGUUCACGCAGCACAAGAGUGCAUAUGGCUUCGUAGACUCUAG